AUGGCAAUCAGACCAAUUACUGGAAUGCUCCGACGAGGACUCGUCCUUGACCUCAGUGUCGCCUUCGGUCUAGGCACAUCAUUUGGAUACCUCUUCUGGUACGGAUACCACGUUCCAGCCGUUGCCCAGCGAGACGCCUACUAUUCGAAGUUGGAGGACCAGAGAGCCGCGAACGCUGCAGCAUAG